GGCCUCAGUUCUAAUUGCAUACUCGAGUUUGAAACACGUAUAUCCAAGAAAAUGUUCUCACCGCGUCUCUUUGCGGUUUUCAUCGCUUUCGCCGGUUUCGCAACGGUAACGGCUUUGCCUGCCCGGGACAAAGAAGUUAUCGCGCAGCCCGUCACUAUUACAGAUGACCAGUUCACGUUCCCAUGGCUGAACCUUUCGCCAUUCAGUCUGUUUGCUCCUCUGUGGAAACUGAUCCCCACUUUUGUGGACAUCGGGCCAAGAAUCUACGCUGACGAUGACAAGUUCAAGGUCGUUGUCAACGUUAAGGACUACAAGAAAGACAACCUUAAAGUUAAAGUAAAGGGAGACUUUAUCUUCGUCCAAGGAUCGCAAGAAGCUAAAGAAGACGACCAUGACGUGUUCGCCAGCCAGUUCUUCCACACCUACAGCCUACCUGUGAACUCGAGUGCUGCUGAUGUUACGGCUGAGCUGACUUCCGAUGGAUACCUCGUCGUGACGGCGCCGAUCAGCGAAAAUGUUGAUAAAACGAAAAAUACAGAGCGCGUUGUACCUAUUGUCGAGACUGGCGCUCCGUACAAGAAGGACGAGCCUGUAGAAAAGACGACAGUAGAAACCUUGGACGUUUCUACGACUCAGGAGCCGAAGACAUCAGCUCCAGCGGUAGUGACUGCAGCACCGGAACCCGAGGAGAAGAAAGAACCGACCACGCCCUCCGAACUCGAUGAAGCGACAGAAAAAGACAACGUGAUCCCACACGGAAACGAAGUUUCUGCUUAAGUGAUAAUUUAGUAUACGCAUUUAAUGAUAUCAGUAUUUAAUAAAAUAUUUUUUUGUAUGUAAA